CUGCGAUUUCACCGCCCGUGUCCGUGUGUCGCCUACGGGCAAGAGUGGAGGCGAUUUGGGGCAGGUGGUGAAGCCACCGACGGUGGCGUCUUCCCUGCCGUCAAGCGAGGGCGGUGGCGGCGGCACAGCUAAUCGGUCUUUCAAACUGGAAAGAACUUCAUGUAUGCAUGCAAUUCCUAUGUGGUGAUUGGUGACUUCUGUUUUCUGUAGGAAAUUAUACCUUUGUUGUGCUUGGACUUCACUCUGCACCCUUAUAUUGUUGACCAUUUGAUCAUUACCUCCAAAUACGACAUGGAAUCCAGAUGGGUUAUACCGCUUGUGGUUAUUUUGCUUGCAUUGCAAAUUCACCCCGUUCGCUGUCGGCAAGAGCCAGCGCUUUCACCGUGUAACUCCACACUUGUUAUUGCCAAGUACCCCUGUGAUAACACCACCAUAGUUUGCUCCCGAAUGGAAUCCACGAAGGACCAGCUUGUCCCUUGGCUAUCUUUCACCGUGUCCUUCGUAAUAUUAUUCUGCCCAUUCUUGCGUAUCAAAGAGUUGAAGGCCAAUCCACGAACUGAUGCGCAAACCUUCUUUUGGUGGUUUUUGUUUGUUGGUUUUCUGGAUUAUAUUCUCUGGAUCUGGUAUUUUGAGGAAUGCUCUGAUCCACAUUAUUCAGCAUAUCCUGUGUUACUGACCUGCUGUUUUGGGUGCGGUAUACACCUGAUCUUCUCUCUUAUAGCUACAGUGAUGACUUGGAAUUCUGGGGAUCAGCGAGUACGAUGGGGCAUUAUACUUACAUUCUUGGUCUUUGUCGGUGGUGGAAUUUUUCAUAAAAUACAAAGACAAGCCCUUGGCUGGAUGGGAGUAGCACUAAGUGUACUGUCUCAUUCUUUCCGUAUUGGAUCCACGGUGUACUACGCCAAGAUUAAUCGGUGUCUGUUUGUUGCCUCCAUGGUGGGGUCAGUAAAUGGAUUCUUGUGGCUUAUCCAUCCUCAGCUAUGCAUUUCAAAGGAAUACAAGAAUUAUGUCGCCAUCUCCUUGAUGGUAACCGGUGACCCCCAACUUCGUGGCGUAUUAAGAUGAAUUCGUUGGUGAUUAAAGUGGUGAUUUAGAUUGAAACACACUUAUCACCAAAUCUUGUUUCACUGGAUCAAUGUGCAAGAAACAGAUAUAUUCAAGUGUAACUAGCUCGGUGCUCGUGGUUGCUACGGAAUCACAAAUAAGCUGAGUUAGAGUGGCAUGAAAGAUCAAUGGAAAAGCAUAAGUGUAGUAUGACCGCUUCAUGGGUACAAUGAGAAAAAAAUAAGACAAGGAGGCAGUUCCAGGCAGUGACUAAAACAAUCAUGGGAGGGUUUGAAGAUUUAAAUCUACAUGAAACUAAAAUUUUGAGAUGCUGAAGGAUAGGCACAUGGAAGAAAUACGACACAAGGAAAACGAUUGGGAAAGAAGGAAGCUAGGCCCAACAAGAAUGAAGAGUGAGGAGUGAAAUCACCCCCAAAUCCAGUCUUUAUAAGUAGGAAAGACAUAUUAUUGCUAAGAACUCAUUUUUGUUUUUGUAUAUGAUGAUGUAAUCAUUAAAUUAGCUUGACCUUAUGAAUGUAGUUCAUGUUUACUUACAUGUUAUAAUAAUCAGGAAUUUGGAGCAACAAACACAACGCUAUCUUCCCAUGUUGAGGGGAGGUGCAUAUAUGCAUAAAUUCCUCCACAUGCUGAUUCAUCAAAA